AGAGCGUGUCAGGAGCCAGCCCCCCAGGCUUUAAACGGGGACAUGUGAGCUUUAUUUACGCCCUAAUCUGAGCCAAUGAGCCCGGGUCACAUGGGCUUUAUAUCAGCACACCGCUCGCGUCAACCCCUUUCUCCUCAGCAUCAGCGCUCCGAUCAUGGCCGGAUUUCCAGCGGAGCGCAUCGGUUACCUCACCCGGGAGCAGAGCUUCAGCGCCUGCCACCGGCUCCACAGUGUCCACCUGAGUGAUGAGGAGAAUAAACAAGUGUACGGAAAGUGCAACAAUCCCAACGGUCACGGACACAACUACAAAGUGGAGGUAACAGUUCGUGGAAAGAUUGACCCCAUCACUGGCAUGGUCAUGAAUCUGACUGAGCUGAAAAGAUGCAUUGAGGAAGUCAUCAUGAUUCCACUGGACCAUAAGAACCUGGAUAAGGACGUCCCUUACUUUGCUGAUGUAAUCAGUACUACAGAAAACCUGGCUGUUUACAUCUGGGACAACAUGGUGAAGAUGCUUCCUGCCAACAAGCUGUAUGAGAUCCGGAUUCACGAGACGGAUAAAAACAUUGUUAUGUAUCGAGGAGAAUAAAAGCCGUAGCCUUGCAGGUGUGACUGUACCGCCUGCCCACAGGAGGCUGCAGCCUCCACCUACUCAGAUGGAUCGUGAAGAUCCAGAGACCGACUUCUACAUUCCAGCGUUUUUGUGACAAGUCCAGUGUUUCUAACGGAAGUUGACUUUUCUGCUGUACAAAAUAAACAGACUCAUGUGGCUUUA